UUGGGUGAAGGGAAAAGUGCUGCAGCCACUUAGGGUUGACAGAAAAUCUCCAUGAAAGACAGAAGCAGUAGCAAUUACAGCUCUGCAUGGACGGAGGAAGUUCCAUCAACAAACUGUUGGCAAAUAACCUCCCCUAUGCUGAUGGAUCCUCAACAUGCCAUAAAACCUGAUACCUGAUUUUUGAGAUCCAGACAACAUGUUGGAGGAUCAAUGGUCUGAGGCUUUGGCUGCUAACAACAUUAGAACCAUUGUUUACUGGCUGAAGAAGCUGACCAAUAAAGGUGAUGUUGGUUUGGAGGAACAUCUACAAACCUUUGGCUACUGGUUACAAAGGACAUCAGAAAUCACUAAAAAGGAGCUGGUAACACUGUGCUUCAGCCGCUGUCAGGGUUUGUGGAUGUUUCUGGAUCGGACCUCCUUCAUUAAAGUACACAUAUUGCUCCAAAGGUUACAGAACCUGCUGAUCUUGGUGCAGUGGUCAAGAAAGCAUCUAGGUGUAAAGGUUCCGUGUCUGAUCUGUAGAGACCAGCAGCACUCAACUGAUGGCUGUUGCAACCAAGAGCACUGGACUCUGAAGCAGCACAUCUGGCUGGGUCGGCUGGUUCAGUGGUGGGGCAUCAUGGGGCUCCUGCCCAGGUUACCUGAAGCCCAAGAAUUGAGGCGUAUUUCUCAGAUGUGGAAGGAAAUGGAGCUCAGCCAUCGGGAAAUGUGUCUUAAAACAACUGGGUGGAACAAUUGUGAAAUGGAAAGAUGUGGCUUUUUGAUAGAGGGUAUUGUGAUGCAGUUGUACAAACGACACGGCUGUAUAUGGACUUCUGAAGAUUGCACAGACCAGUGCUACCCUCCACCUACUCUACUGGCGCUUCUGAUGCUUGUAAUGAUUCCUGGCAUUGACAACAUGUCAGUCCAGGGUAUUCUGAUGUACUUCAUUCUGGAUAUGGAAAAUUUUCUACAAUGUAAAGACAACCUUCUGCAGUCUUUUUGCCAUGCUUUCUCAAUCCCUACCAGCUUUUCCCAGCAAAUUAAAGCCUUCUGGAUGUUUGACCGUGGGCGCAUUAAGGCUUCCAUGGGGCUUUUAUUGAGUCCAAAAGCUGCUGUCCCUCAGUUCUCCUGGCAGCAUCGAUAUAUUAUCACCUCUCUGCUGAAAAGGAAGCAGAACCACAUGGCACUGAAGUACCUUCAAUGGACACAGCCUCCCAUAGAGACCACUGAGGAUGCAAAGCUUUUUGCAGAAGUGUUUCUUCAAAGCAGUUGUGUGUCUGAUGCUUGGAGCCUCUUAAAGAGAAGCCACACAGAAAGUGAGGACAUGAUUAUGUACUUCAUCCAGGCUUGUAGAGACUUUAAUCUGGGUGCUGAGGCUUUAAAAUACAUACCUGAAGGAUACGACGGUAAAGAGGCCUGUGGAGCAGCUGAAGUCAAUAUCGUGCACCUGAAGAUUAAAGAUUGUUUUGGUGAAAUGACACCCUGCCCACUGUCUGCGACACUGUAUCAGAAUGAGACAAAAAGGCCGAUGGGUUCAGAGAAACUGUUCAAACUGGUUCAAAAGGCUGUGACUGAAGUGAGAAAACCACAUCUCAGCAUGAGGGUGUUUGUUUGGCCGAAGCAACCAAAGAGAAAGUCAAGCAGCAGAGAAAUAUUUCUGUCAGCUCAGGCUCUGCGUCGUCUCACCCCCAGCCCGUUCCCACUGGAAGCUUUGGAAGAAACAGAACAGAACGCAAACACAGAAGACUAUUAUGCUCUCAAUUUUGAUCAACCUGAGACACAAGAGGACAUUCUGUCCUCUGAGAAUCAGAGCUCCUUGUCUGCCUGUUCUUUCUCCUCGGCGUCAUCAGCACCUCUUUUGAACCAGCCCCACGAGUUUGAGAGCACCAUAACUCUACAGAAGAUUUCAGCUCUGCUCACUGAUCAGGAGAUCCACAACAAAGGAGACGAAGAAGAGGAAAAAUUCACCACAGUGGCUGAUUGUUUUCCACCAUGUUCAAAGCUUAAACUGACACCAGAUGGUGCCAUAGAACAACUUUCUCUUGGUACCUUUGACAAGAACAAAGCAAUAAUGUAUUCUCUGGAAGGUGAAGUAGAAGACCAUAAAUGCAUGACAGAAGAGGCUUAUGCUGCUGCUAAAACCGUUUCCCACAAGAUAGAAGAACAGUCACAAGGUUUCCUGCCGAUUUCAGGAGAUCAGGAAGCAUAUGAGGAAAGAGAAACUUCAGGAUGUGGCAUUCAAGACCUCUCGAGAAUCCCAUACACCCAGAAUCGUGUGAUUGGCCCAAACCACAGCUCUGCUUCACUCACUGCUUCACCAAACUUGUAUAACAUAGGAUCUCCCUGUAUAGUUGGUCCCUCAUUCACUGACAGUCUGGCCAUCUUCAAUGACUUCUCUGCAACGCAAAUGGAUAACAUACAGGCAGAAGGAUUGGAGCCUGGGGGUUGGAGAGGGAAGGCUCAACAACAUGGAGCCAUGAGAAGUGGAAGAACACUGUCCAGGAAAGGAAAACAUUUGAAGAGAACAUGAGGACAAAUUAUGCAAAAUGAAGAAAGCAUUUUACUGAUAUGCAGCUCUUGAUUUUGAUCUCAUGAUAUCCUCUCCCCUCAUUAGACAUACAGUACUAGCAACAUGUACUCAGUGCAUACAUUUUUAAAAUGCUUCUCUAAGUGACCUCGAUCUGAAGAGCUGUAACAACCUUGGUUUAUUUCUUUUUAGAAUCAACUGUUCAGCAUUAAACAGAUAUAUGCUGCUUUGAAUAAAAAAAAAACAAAUUCCCCAUUAAAAUCCAAUAUAUUUAGAAAUGAUUUGCUACUUAGAUUGCUUUUUUUUUUUUUUUGCUUGGGGAAAAAAGGAUGCUUGCUUUGCUGCCAUAGCAUCUCAUGAAAAAUGAAUGACCUUCCAAUGCUUUCUUCUGCCCAUCCCUCUCUAUAUUUACCCAAAGUCCGGGGAAUGCAUCUGGGUAAGCAUCCCCCCCACUUAUCCCUCUCUUGUUCGGGUGGGUGAAUAACUUAAGACAAAUAUUUCAGGUUGACACACUUUUCCUGUGGGUCUCCUUGGGUGCCCAGUUCAUGAGCCCACACAUGCUGUGUUAUUUAAAAGUGGGCUUUGGAGUUCUGCUCAUGUAAUCUCCUCUGUGUGAUUUUUUAUUUUUUGUUUAAUUUAUCAAUAGUUUGACCUUGCAGUUGCUGUGGCACUUCUCAGACUAGAAGCUGUUCUAGGUCGUUCUUAUCAGGGACAAUAUUGGUCAAUCUGUUUCAUAACUGCAAUAAUCUUAAACAAAAUAAUGAAUUCUAUUAUUUUUAAUGCUUUUAUUUUUGCAUACAUGUAUGUCAUAGACUUUAUGAUUGUUUUUUUGAUAAUCCAAAUUGUUAUUUUCAUUAAAUGUUAUA